CGCUUCACAGUCUUGAACCAGACCGAUUACCCCUCUCAAUCCUCAAUACGCCUCCGUCGAUUGUCUAAGAAGAUGUGAUGUUAUCUGCCUCAACAAUUAACUUCCACUCCACAAGAUGAACGGCACACCCAGCACAUCUGCUCCGAAGCACUUCCGCAAAGGCACCAAAAGCUGUAUAGAGUGUCGGCAGCGGAAGCUGCGCUGCAUCCCAUCGAGCGCUGAGGGUCAGCCAUGCCGGAAUUGCGCAGACAAGGGCCGCCACUGCGUUCUCCAAGUCCAUGCCGGGCGCGGGGCGGAGGUCGGCUCCUCUCGCGACCGCAUUCGGCGCCUGGAGGACAGUGUGGGAAAGCUGUCGCGGACGGUCAAAAGCCUUCAGGCUCGACUGGGCGGGCACGAUGCUGCCGAUGCUGCGCAGCAGGAGGACUCCGACGUGAAACUCGACGACGAGGAUGACGAUGCGCAGCGCAGCGACUCGAGUCUCUCCGAUGCCCUCACCCUUCCAUGGCCCGCGCCGCUCCAGCAGCUCUUCCACAGCGAAGCGGGGGACUUCGCGAGCAGUCACUCCCACUCUCCUUCGCACGCUGGUGACAAGGCCUUGGCCGGCGCCAUGCUGCGCGCCAGCACGAGAUUGCGCCCCCUCAUCCCACCCAAGCACGACUUCCUCCCGCUCGUGCCCGCCAUUGCCUUCUGGCUAGACGCUUACCGCCAGGCCUUUGGGCCGCUCGGGCUUUUCCGAACGGCGGCGGAGCUGGAGCACAUCUACGACGUGGCUAUCCAGCCGGACGCCGACGCAUUGUCCAUCGCCGGUCUGCUGCUGUCGAUUGUCAUCGGCCUGCAAAACGGGCCUCUGAUCGGCCUGCCUCGCGAUUCUGCGCUCGUGAAAGACCCCACAACGUUCACGACACAGGUUUGCGAUACGGUGGAGGAAGUAAUUAUCGACAACGAUCUGAUCGCCGGCACAUUUCUGGGGAUCGAGAUGUCGCUCUUCUGGAUUCGACCGCAGCUGCCGCGAGCGAAUAGCAAGAAGCUAUGGCUCGUUCUGCGUCGAUGCAUCGCCCUGGCCGAGCUUGCAGGCCUACCACACGCCCAAGACGGCGCCGAAGCGGCUUUGUGGGAUACUGUGUGUUCUAUGGAUCGUUUCGUGGGCACCGUUUUCAACCUCCCGCUGGGCACUGCGGGAUAUGGUGUACCACCGCCGCAGAACGUAAUGUCAUCCGACGGACGAGUCGUGAUGAGGGCAUACAUGAUCAACCUAACGCGGGUUGCAUCGGCGAUCCGGGACAUUGACGACGCGUACAUGAUUCGCAAGUCGGAGCAGGAGCUGCGGGAGAAGGUGGAGCGGACCGACGCCGACCUCCAAGCGCUUCGAGCCAUGAUUCCCGAGAGCAUGUGGACGGCUAGGGAGGUGCCCGACAUGCCGGACGCGAUGUUGCAGAUCUUCCACAACUACCUGCGCAUUCGCACGCAUCUACAGCUGGCGUUGCGCAACAGCACCGACGCGGAGUGCAGGCGGAGCUUUACGAUCUGCAUCCACGCCGGCAUGGAACUGGCGGAUCGCUAUGAAAUGCUGCGCUCCAACCGGCCCCCGGCGUUCUUCAUAGCCCGCAUCGUCGACCUGGAGGCAAUGACUGCCGCGUUUGUGUUGAUCUACAGCGCCUACAGAUCCAGCAAGGGCCUCCGAGAGAGCGGUGAGCAAGAAGACGUCGGAGGCGAAGCGGCACGACAGGCGGCAUACAAGAUUGUGCGCAUGAUGGAAAGCGUGUCGCGCCGAGCGGCGGAGCAGCAUCAGCUCGGCACCGACGUGGCACGCAAAGCGGCCAAAGCCAUCCGCUCGCUGGACACGUUGCUGAACCAGCCCGAGAGCGUGGAGUCGCAUACGCUGUCGCUGUGGAUUCCCACGCUGGGCCGGUUGAAUGUCAGCCGACAAGCAGAGCCCUUACAAUCUCACCCUGAGCAGCUGCCGUUGAACGAAGGAAGUGGAAGCGCACAAGCCGAUGUUCCGCCACUGAACGAGCAGGCGUUGGGAGUGAUGGAUGAUAUGACCUGGGAUCUGCUGCUGGGCGACUUUGGAGCCGCGGGUGACUUUUCGGGCCAAGAGCAGUGGUUUACCUUUUCCAACGACUGACAGUUGCGUCCAUGCCCUCCAAGCGAGCAUCUCAGAAGCAGGGGCAUGCACGCUGUAGCUAGGAUGCAAGUAUGAUACGGCAUGCGUGUCGGUAGCGACUGCUCCGCGGCAUUUGGUCACGACUUCUGGCCGGAAAUUGAUGAAAGUAUCUUCGUACCUCAACCGCCAAC